GCUAGUACCAGACGACCUAUGACCUGCGUGGAAGACCACCCUGACCUUUCUCGGGUUCGGACCUAAGUUUGCACACUUUACGUCAGACUCUAUUCCCAGACCGAAGAAAACUGCAAUGGAUGACAGUCAGUCAGCACAUAACAGUCAGUCAGCGGACAACAGUCGGUCAGCGGACAACAGUCAGUCAGCAAAUAACAGUCAGUCAGCGGACAACAGUCGGUCAGCGGACAACAGUCAGUCAGCAAAUAACAGUCAGUCAGCGGACAACAGUCGGUCAGCGGACAACAGUCAGUCAGCGGACAACAGUCGGACCACAGAAGUCGGCAAGACAGAGGAUGGCAGCGAGACAGAGGUUGAAAGUCAGACAGUGAACAACAGGAAAACAGUAAAUGACAUUUGCACCACAGAAGUCAGCAAGAAAGUGGACAACAGUCAGACAGUGGAUGACAGCGAGACGGCGGAUGACAGUGAAAAAGUGAAAAACAAAAAAAUUAAGGAGUGCGAUGACUCCGACUGGUAUCCAGCCACCUUCUUCCAGCGGCUAAAUGAGUUCAGGUUGGAGGGUCAUCUGAUAGACGUGACGCUGUGUGCGGAAGGAAAGGAGAUCCCCUGCCACCGCCUGGUCCUGUCUGCCUUUACUGACUACUUCCAUGCUAUGUUCAACGGUUUCCACAGAGAGAGUAAGAUUGACAAGAUCGAGGUAAAGGGGAUAGAGGCAGAGAUACUACAACAGCUGGUGGACUAUGCCUACACGUCCAAAAUCACCAUCACCCCCGACAACAUCGUGUCCCUGUAUGCAGCAGCCAACAUGCUGCAGAUCAAAGCUGUUGAGGACAGCUGUGUAGAAUACCUGUCGAACCUGUUGAACUCCGCAGGUAUGUGUAUGGUAACUUGGAUGUUGGCAGAGAGGAUGUCUAGUAAGCGAUUGCUCGGGGAGGCAAAAUGCUACCCCCUUAAACACUUGGAAGAAGUCUGCAUGGACGAGGACUUUGUUGUACUACCUGCUGCAGACAUUAUGAAGGCGUACUUCUCAGAUGACAGUCUCCAUGCUAGGAAAGAAGAAGAAGUAUUGGAGGCAAUCAUGCGUUGGGUAAAACACGAUCUUAAGCAUCGUCAGCGUCACCUCAAGUCACUGCUAGAGUGUGUUCGUUUCUCAUACGUGGACCAAGACUACCUCAAGGACAUUCUGGAGAAAGACGAGACCUUGUCAAGUGUUCCUGGCAUCAAGGACCUGAUACAGGAUCAGUCUACACGUGACAGACCUCGUCUCAUUCACCAAGAGGAAAUUCUUGUACUAGGAGGCACCACAGUCACACCACUAGUAGAUAACAAUAACGUGUACAGGUUUGCCCUUAAUGGUGACUGUGUUGACACUUCGCCAUUGCCCGAGUUUCUCUGUCAUGGUCGUCUGAGUUCAGCAUGUGUUGUGAACAACGAUGUUUUCGUAACAUCUUCAGGUUUGGGAUCUUAUUCUGUGUGUGAAGCUUGGCGGUACAAACCGUAUGUUGGAUCCUGGACGCAACUGGGACCCCUUGUUAAGAAACAGAGAAAUAUGAAUGGCAUGGCAGCUUUGGAGGGUCGGGUGUAUGUUGUUGGUGGUAUUGUCAAUGUACCCUUUGGCCAGGACAGAAUGGUAUUUGAAGCUGAGGUGUAUGAUGAAGGGACCAACAGUUGGAAGUUGGUAGCACCACUGCAAAAGGGAGUAAGGAAUUUUGGCAUAGCUGCUUGUUGUAAGAAAAUCUUUGUAUUUGGGGGGAAAACGGGAGAGUGCACUUUCCGGGAUAACUCUUAUAACACAGACGCUGUUCAAUGCUAUGACCCAGCCCAAGAUGUGUGGACUUUGGUUCAACCUCUACCAAACCCACUGGAUGGAAUCAUGGCAUGCACAGUUAACUCUAAGAUCUAUAUGGUUGGCGGAGAGUUGGAGUAUGUUUUGGGCUAUGGUCCUGAGGAAGAUCUCUACUAUAAAAUGGUUGAGUCACUAUUCCCCUGGUUUUACUGCGGUGCUACUGUGGUCGGCUCUGAGAUUUACAUUACUGGUGGUCUUGAGAGGAAGGAUACUUUCGAUGACUUGCAUGGUGUGGACACUGUGGAGGUUGUGUCCCAUGCCGGAGUUCAAUGUUUCAAUCCGGGCAGCAAUAUCAUGGUCCCACUCAGAAAGGAACUACCACAUCCACUAUCAGAUCACAUUGCUGUAACCAUACCAAAACCAAAAGCUGGUAAAUAGGGUUAACUUUGUGUACAGUUUCUGUCAGACAACCUGAGCCUUAAGACAUGUUUGGUAACUUGGAUAUUGGCAGACAAGCUUCCUUUUUACUAUUUUAGAGGAGGUUAUGCGCUCUUCUACGAUGUUAUGGGUCCAAGCAUGUUUAACCCUUUGGGGAUAUCAAUGCAUUAGGUUGGGAAAUAUUUCCUUCUCACAGAUAUACCAUAAGUGUAAUACUGAUAGUGCCUUUUCAUCUGCAAUUUGUUUAUUGGUCGGCCUCAGAUUUAUUGAUGGGCGAACUAACAGAAUGUACAAUAGGACUGCAGUACUUUAAUACUUGUACAUUGAGGAUUAAUGUAAAAGAAGUAUUAAGUUUCUUUUAUUUUUCAUUCCUUGGCCAUAGUUGCUAGGUAUAUUUUCUAAUAUGUAUGUAUUGAAGAAGAAAUUACAUUACUUUAAACGGAAUUGUGUACAAAAGUCUGACUUGUCCGGACACAUGAACACCCACACAGGAGACAACCCCUAACCGUAACUACUGUAAAUGCAUUUAAGUUCGCGGGGAUUUAAUUUCGCAGUAGCGGGAAAAAGGACUUUUCGCGGUGGUUUUAAUUUCGCGGUAACACCAUAGACUGCAGUCUCAUACCAUGAUAGAAUAAUAUUCGCAGUGGUUUUAAAUUCGCGGUGAAGUGGUCACCGCGAAAACCGCGAACAUUAAUCCACCGCAAACAUUUCUGCAUUUACAGUAUAUGUUCUGCAGCAACAAGGUCUGUAAGUAUUCACAGAGUUAGGCCAUUCACA